AUGGGUGUCUGGGGUCCAGGUCUCAUGCAAUGUGAUGAUGACUAUGAGAUUGCCAAGGAUUUGUCGGAGAUGUGUGGAUGUCAACUCCUCUUCGAAGGCGCUGGCCAACAUGAAAAGAAAGAAGACACGAUCAGAACCUUGAAUGGCGGCGUCUUCUCCAAGAAAUUCGACCGGAUCUUUUCCGCCAAUUCCCGACCUCUUACAAGCCAUCACAGGCGUGAACGUCUGCUUAUUAUCUUCGCCAUGCUCGCAAUGAGGUUAGGUGUCAGAAUAGAGAGUGAUCACUUGAGACAUCUUCAUCUACUUCGGCCCUGGCUUCCCACCAUGGAGCAACAACUUCAGCUAUUCACCGCAGUCGAGGAAUACAAGAAUGAUGGUACACCUUGGAUUACAGGCUCGAAGAAUCUCGCAGAAAUGCAGACUAGCAAGGCAAAUCCGGGCCUCGUUGAUCCCUUCUGGUAUAGCGGUUUAGGGCACUCUGCAGAUGAGAAUCCUACGGCGGAGAUGAGUAGCAAGUCCUGUCUCAGUUGUAGAGAUAGUGAACCUCGCCUUCGUUGUUGUUUGCGUUGCAAGAUGGCUCGAUACUGCAGUAAAAAGUGCCAGCGCCACGACUGGCAAGUCCAUAAAAGAGUCUGCGAAGUUCAUGAAAACCCUCGUGUCUCCUCCACCAAAGAGGAGCUAACAACGCCGGUGACCAACACGAUGUAG